GGCUUGCAGAGUUGGCAAUCUCUUCUACCAUUUGGUCCAUCGCUAAUCUCUCUAUAUCCUUCCAUUGAUGUAUAUUUUUAAGCUCUGGAUUCACUCCUCUCUCUCUCUCUCGCUCUCUCUCUCUCUCUCUCUGCAUCGCUCUCUAGGCAGUUAAACGGCUCCUAUCCCCUCACCUACUCUCUCUCUUUCUCUCUCGCUCAAUACUUUCUCUCCCAUCUUGCCGUUUCAUUCGUAUAUUUAAUCCUCCAUUAAAUCUCCAUCCUCUGUGUCUUUAGCAAAUCCGGGCAGAGAGAGAGAGAGAGAGGAGCAGGGAGGUUUGGAGAGAAAGAGAGAGCAGAGAGCUUAAGAGAUGCCUCUUGUGCGGGUCCAGGUGAGGAACGAGUACAGCUUCGGACAGCCGGAGCUAUAUACAGAAGCUGACCAAGAAGAGCCCAAAUCCGUCCUGGAUGGCGUUGCUGUGGCUGGACUUGUUGGGAUCUUGCGCCAAUUAGGCGAUCUUGCUGAAUUUGCGGCAGAGGUUUUUCAUGGCUUACAGGAGCAAGUGAUGAAUACAUCUUCUAGAAGCCAUAAAUUGAUGGUUCGUGUACGACAUAUUGAAGCUGCACUUACUCCUCUUGAGAAGGCGAUGCUGGCCCAAAAGAACCACCUACAUUUUGCAUAUACAGCUGGCUCUUAUUGGCAUGCCCAUAUCCCAAAUGAACGACAUCACCUUAUUUGUGGUGACUUGCCACAGUUCAUCAUGGACUCCUAUGAAGAAUGUCGUGAUCCACCACGUCUUCACUUGCUCGAUAAAUUUGACAGUGGUGGCCCAGGAACUUGCUUAAGGAGAUACUCGGAUCCUACAUUCUUUCGGAGGGCAUCAGCUAGCUCUGGAGAAGCAAAUGUUGAGAAAGUGUUAAAAGAUAGGAAGGCUCGUAGAAGCAAGGAUGUCAAAAAUGAGCAGAAAAAGAGAACAUGGCAGAGAAAUGAUGUGUCUCAUGGUGUAUCAGUAUCCAACCACACUAACGGAACUCAAUUUACUUCUGUGAAAGUCGAUGACCAAAAUUUGCCACCUCAGAUGGCCUCCACCUUUGAUGGUACAUCGAAAUCUAAUAUUGGAGAGAUAUCUAAGCCAGAAGACCAAUCAGACUCUUUUGAUUUAAGAACUGAGUCGGGCUACAUAGAAUGUGUUUUCCAUCCAACUUAUACCAUGACAACUAAAGAACAAGAACUGAAGGAAUCAUCCUUUUCUUGUUCAGGGGUGGAGCAGAAUGAUACCUAUGAUUCAGCUUCUGUUGAUGAACAAGGCAGAAUCAUAAAUGAUUGUGGACAUGAUUUAUCACAAGAGCAAACUGGCCCCAAUUCAUCUAGUGUUACUUGGGAUGAAAAGACAGAAAUAGUAGAGUCUAACAGUCGUGAAUAUGAUCGUGAUGAAACUGAAGAGACACUCAUGACAAACUUUGAUGGAGAUAUGCAAGAAAAUGGAGCUGUUAACUUCAGAAAUGUUGAUCAGAUAAGUUUUCAGUUUGACAAUGAAGACACACCAACAUUGUUCUCUCUUCAGAACCUGCAUGAAGAUAUUGAGAGUGAACCAGAUAAUUACAUGGAUGCACUGAACAGUAUCGAAACAGAAUCAGAAACUGAUUUAGAUUUCCAAACAAAGCAAGAACUGAAGCAGUCUUCCAAUUUAAACAAUGACAGGACAAAAGAUGGAAUGCAUAGGAGUAUGGCGCAUCACUCAGACCUUCAACCAUCAAACUUGGUAUCUCAGACUGCAGCUUACAAUUCCUCAAACCAAGUGAAAUCUAAUGAAAAUCCCAUCUUCUCAGAGUAUUGUCCUCUUGAAGAGACACCUCAAGUUGCUGAAGAAUCUGUUGAUAUAAGCAAUCCUCUGGAUGCACUGAACAGUAUUGAAACAGAAUCAGAAACUGAUUUAGAUUGCCAAACAAAGCAAGAACUGAAGCAGUCUUCCAUUUUAAACAAUGACAGGACAGAAGAUGGAAUGCAUGGGAGUAUGGCACAUCACUCAGACCUUCAACCAUCAAACUUGGUAUCUCAGACUGCAGCUUACAAUUCCUCAAACCAAGUGAAAUCUAAUGAAAAUCCCGUCUCCUCAAAGUCUUGUUCUCUUGAAGAGACACCUCAAGUUGCUAAAGAAUCUGUUGAUAUAAGCAAUCCUCUGGAUGUCGACUUCGAUGCAGACGGUAACAUUCCUCGUGGGUCUGCUGUAGAAUCUGAUUUCAGCAAUUUACUUAACUCUGGCUCUGCAGAACUUAAUCUGUUUCCCGAUAAGAUCGUAGACACAUCCUGUGAACCUCAGAAAGCUCCCACUGGACCUUCUGGUGUUCCACCAGUUAAGUUCUGGACAAAUGGAGAGCUGCUAGGACUUGAACCAUCAAAGCCUCCAGAUUUUAGUGUAUCAAGUGCCAUAAGUCAGAACUGUGCUCCUAGAAGUAAAAAUGAUGCUCACCCUUUUAGCAAUAUUAAUAUUUCUAAUGGUGAUGGAGAACUGAGAAUGCCCAAUGAGUCCAUUCAGACCUCCCAAAUAAGUGAACAGAUUUCUUCAAAAUGCUCAAAAUCAAACCACAAUGAUCAAGAUGGCAUAUUUGAUAAGAGAACAUCUUGGAGAUUUUUGUCCACUCACUUAGAUGCCAAACCCAACAAGUUUGGAAAUUCUCAUACUACUAGUAGUUUUAAUGACAACUAUGGGCAUAGUUUGAGUGAGACUAGUGAAGAGAUAACUGGGACUGAGCAGCCAUUCACGCCAGGUGUUAAAGCAAUACCUACUGAAGCUAGUCAGAAGGAUGGCGGAAAUGCGUCUCAGAUGUUUGGUCUUAUGAGUGAUAGAUUCCUUGUAAAUGGUCUUCAAAGAAGUGUAUCACUUGGCCAUGACAAGAAGUCUGAACCUGCAAUCUCCAUAAAAACAAAUGGCUUUCAGCAGAAUAGCAGGAACAGGACUGUUGCAUAUCAAAACUUAUCCAAGAUAACUGUGAAGGGGUAUCUUGGAAGUAGGUCUCCUAUUAGUUCACCUUCUUGUUCGCCACCACUUGAACAUAUGAAGAUAUCUUUUCAGCCCCUGAAUGGCUCUGAAACUUCCAAACUAAAACUGAAAUUUCCAGAUAGAAGUGAUUGUCAUGACAGCAAUGGAGAUAUUUUGCCUUCAUUUCAACUGGUCCCAGAGCCUGCUACUCCAAAACAUGACAAUGGUUCAGACUCUGAUGAUGAUACAUUUUGUAGAUCAUCUCCUUAUAUGUCAGAUGAUUGUGUUAGCCAUCACUCUGAGUCAAACUCUGAGCAGUGGGAAUAUGAUGAUAAUACUCCAAGAAAGGAAAGCGAGCUGUAUGAUGCUUUACGCAGAAUCUCAUCAUCAGAAUCAGUGUCAAGCUCUUUGGAGUUUGAAGGAACGGAAGAUGGAGGAAUCCAUGUUGACUAUGGACUACAGAAUCAUUGUGUUGAGAACUAUAUAAAACAUUGUGAAUGUGAUUGUUCGCUUCCAAGUUUGAGCAAUCUGAACCCUUUAUUUGAACAAGAAAUGGAGAAUAGUUCUGAGGCAACAGAUCUGCCCAAGACACACUUACCUAAGGAGAAGACUACACCAUUGCCGCCUCCUCUUCCUCCAUUGCCGUGGUGGGUUAUGAAACCACAUUCAGAUGUGAUCCCUGGAAAACAAGAUUCUGUACCUGAGGCCCUUAUUCAUACCUCUAAUGUGAAAUCUAUGUGUGCUCUCUCUCCACUAUCUGAGCCAAGCCCCAUUAAGCAACAAAAAAACACUGAAGAGUCUGUUCUGUUCAUGCCAAAGGGCAAGCCAGAGUGGCAGAAACCAGAUGGGCAAAAAGAAGAUAAUCGUGCUAUAAAUGGCGGGGGCAUUGAUGAAAAAGAGGAUUUUCUACAUCAGAUUAGGGAAAAAUCAUUCAACCUGAGGCGGACAGCAACUGAAAAACCAGCAGUUACACCUGGGCCAACUGCCAAUGUGAAAGUCACUGCAAUUCUGGAGAAGGCAAAUGCAAUACGCCAGGCUGUGGGCAGCGAUGAUGGGGAAGAAGACGAUGAUAAGUGGAGCGACACUUGAUUUCCCUUGUACGCUAUCUGCCAGCCUACUCCAUCACAAGCCAUCCCCUUGGAGUCAUUAAUUUUCCUAAGCCGGCAAGGUUAUGCCAUGCAUAUGUGAAUAAUGCUAGCUCCUCUUUGUAAUUAACUGGUAGGGAUUUUCUUUGUAGCUUGAUGAGGUUAUUUUCCUUCAAUAAAGGCAGUUGUUUGUGCAUAAUGCCUGAGAAAUUGGAAUUGCUCCCUUUUGGAGGUGUAAUCCAAGGGGCUAUGUUCAUUUUUGAGCCUGUGAUAUGUGGCAAAGGCCUGCAAUGGAUCGCUUCUUUGAAAUUCAACAUUUUCUUUUAAUAAUCAUUGUUCUUUCCCUUUUCA